AUGUUCGCAGCACGCACCUUCAGCGCCGCCCAGCGCCGCGCCUUCUCGGCCUCGGCCAGAGAUCUCUCUAAGGUCACUGUCCUCGGUGCUGCCGGUGGCAUUGGACAGCCUCUCUCCCUCCUCCUCAAGCUCAACCCCCGCGUCACUGAGCUCGCUCUCUACGACAUCCGCGGAGGCCCAGGUGUCGCCGCUGAUAUCUCCCACAUCAACACCGGCUCCAACGUCACCGGUUACGAGCCCACCCCAUCCGGCCUCGCCGCCGCCCUUAAGGAUGCCGAGAUCGUCCUGAUCCCCGCCGGUGUUCCCCGCAAGCCAGGCAUGACCCGUGAUGACCUCUUCAACACCAACGCCUCCAUCGUCCGCGACCUGGCCAAGGCCGCCGCCCAGUCUGCCCCCAACGCCAACAUCCUCGUCAUCGCCAACCCAGUCAACAGCACCGUCCCCAUCGUUGCUGAGGUCUUCAAGAAGGCUGGUGUCUACAACCCCAAGCGCCUUUUCGGUGUCACCACCCUCGAUGUCGUCCGCGCUUCCCGCUUCGUCUCCGAGAUCAAGAAGACCGACCCCGCUGAUGAGGCCAUCACCGUUGUCGGUGGUCACUCCGGUGUCACCAUCGUUCCCCUCUUCUCCCAGAGCAAGCACGCCGACCUUGUCGGUGACGCUGCUCUCCUGAACCGCGUCCAGUUCGGUGGUGAUGAGGUCGUCAAGGCCAAGGAUGGUGCCGGAUCUGCCACCCUCUCCAUGGCCAUGGCUGGUGCUCGCUUCGCCGAGUCGCUGCUCAAGGCUGCCCAGGGCGAGAAGGGUGUUACUGAGCCAACCUUCGUUGACUCCCCACUCUACAAGGACCAGGGUGUUGACUUCUUCGCCUCCAAGGUCGAGCUCGGCCCAAGCGGUGUCGAGAAGAUCCACGAGGUUGGCAAGGUCUCUGCUGAGGAGCAGAAGCUUUUGGAUGCUGCCCUCGCUGACCUGAAGAAGAACAUCGAGAAGGGUGUCCAGUUCGUUGCCACCAACCCAGGCAACUAA